AUGCACGCAAGGCUAGAAAUAUGGCUAGAGAGUAUUUCGUGGCUUUCGCAGUUCGUAAAGGAUAUGCUGACGCCAGAGAAAUUGGAUCAGGGCCAUGAGUGGAUUCAGUCGAUUCAAGCUGUCAACGGGCUCAUGGACUUGGCACCCGCAUUUGACACCGAUAUUUUGUAUGUAGAAAAUUGGACCAAAGUUUCUAUGGAGGAGAUUGAUUUUGCACAGGAGCAGCAUAUGUUCUGCGAGCCCUUGGAAGUGGAGGCUCUGCUGUUCCGAAACUGGUCCAUGAUUUAUACGGCAAAGGUUGCUAAUGCAGGAGACGCGAAUAGCCUGGGAUACCAGGUACAAGUCUUGGUUCCAAAAGGACGCGCAGCUGACCUCAUUAAUGGGAUAGCUACGGAUCUGCAGGAGGGAUUUGAUGAGUAG